AUGUCCUCGUCGCGCCCGCGCGCCCGCCGCUCAGACAAAGCCGCCGAAGACAGCUCACUUCGGGACAAGCGCUCGUUGCGUAUUGGUGAAUCAUGGAGCGUGGUUGAGGGUGAAAACGAAAGCUUCGACGCUAGACGAGCGUCAUUCGAGGGUGACGAAGGCGAUGAAAUCCUAUCCCCUUUGUCCAGUGGUCAACCUUCAUCCUUUUCCUCGCAGAUGUCGUCUCAGGGAAACAUGGGGAUGAGAUCAGGCCCCAGCUCUCAGGACAGUAUCCGAGACUUCGCGAAGCACCAGAACGAGGAUAAAGCCAUUCUUCGAAUCCCAUUUCCGCCAAGUAUUGGUUCACCAUCGAGUUCAAGGACGCAAAGAGGCUACCGCACAGAAGACCCGCAGUUCAAAAUGCCUCGGAUAGAUGUUGGCGGUUCAAGACACGGUAGCGGUAGCAGCUCUCGCACCAUCCGGCCCCUUGGAAGGGGGACGAGCUACGAUGGCGAGGAUGAAACGUACCUUAGGAGACGGGGCAAAAGCUCAUCAUUCCAGGAUGUUUAUAGUCAGAAAGGGCAAUCUGGCGGACUCGUGACAAUCAGCGACAUGGCCACGCCGUCAAUGUCGUCUGCUUUGCUCAACAUCUUGGCCUGGGCCGGUGAAAUCAUUCUCAUUGCCCUCAAUUUUGCCAAGUACCCUCUAGGGCUGCUUCUUGCCGUCUACCUUGUCUUUGGCGGCGCCAUCAUUGUACAAAACAUGGCCACCAGAUCCGUGUACACCGCCGUGUCACCCAUAUGUCGCCUUCCAGGAACAUCAUAUCUUAACCUACCAUUUUGUCCGCCCCCCGGAGCCACCGACUUCAGCGGUCUUAAUGCGACAGCUGGUCAAACGGUAGAAUUCGACGAUCUCAUGGGCGUGCAAUCCAAAUUCGAGCAGGUCCUCGAAAGAAGUGCCGACGGGGCCUCGCUGCCCUUUGAAAUGAAGCGCUCAGAGACCGCAGUCAGAGAUCUACGGACCCUUGUUCGAAACAGCGAUAUCCAAGCUCGGCACGAGCUAACCUUAGAGUUCGACGGGUACAUUGAAACCGCACGAUUAGCAGCGUCGGACCUGCAAAGGUUCAACACGCACGUCGGCUCGGCCGUCGACUCCGUCAUUAGUAUCAACCGCUGGACAUCGCGCUACAUCGACUCUCUCUCCCUCGAGUCAGACACGCCGUCAUCAGUACUCGCGGGAUGGACGCACUGGAUCUUCUACCCUUUCCAGCCUGCCGACCAGCCAUUCAGCGAGCGCAUCAUUCUCGACAAAUAUAUCGAGCACACCGGCCUCGUCUCGGAGCGCAUAUCGGCUCUCAUCCUCGAGGCCCAAGCCGUCCUGCGCCUUCUCACCAAAGCAGAGGACCACCUCAGCCUCAUAUACGACAUCACGUCCCGCACCUCCGCGAGCGUCUCCUCCCGUCGCGAAGAAAUCUUGUGGAACAUAUGGACUCUUGUGGGCGCCAACUCCCGCAGCCUCAAGAGCCUCUCGAAACAGCUCUCUCUCCUGCAACAAGUGGAUUCGCAGCGCUCUACGGCCGUCGACCAAAUCAGCGGGCUAAUCAUCGAGCUGGAAUCUAUUCAAGCGAAUCUGGGCGACUUGCGAGACCGUGUUGCAGAGCCCCAGCUCCUGAGCGACUCGGAAACAGUCCAUAUCCCCCUCAGUGUGCACAUCGAGACGAUUGAUCGUGGUGUGGAGAGGUUGCAGGCUGCCAGACGGAGGAUCCGGGCCGCGGAAGAUGAUCGUGUCAGAGAUGUCAUGGCCAGGGGAGGGCUGAGAAGCGAUGACGGUCGUUUGAUUGAGAAUGGCAGGGGUCAGUAA